GCGAACAUCACUAGCUUAUCCUCCUUUCACAUACCGAUACAGCAGCGGGCUACUGUAACACCGUUUUGUCUCUUUUUGACAUUGAAGCUUAUAUUUAAGCUUGACCAUGGAGACAGCCAGGGUGUUGCUGUGUGUCCUGUCCGUGUUUGUUGCUCUAGUUUCGGAGAGGUUUAUGGUGCUGGCGUCCUUCUCUCAGUCUCUGGACAGCGACUUCACAUUCACUCUACCCGCCGGUCGAAAGGAAUGUUUCUACCAGACUAUGAAGAAAGAUGCCUCUCUGGAAAUAGAAUAUCAGGUAUUAGAUGGUGCCGGUCUCGAUGUAGACUUCUUCAUCUCCUCUCCUUCAGGCAAAAUACUGUUCAGUGACUAUCACAAGUCAGAUGGAGUGCACACCGUUGAAACUGAGGAUGGAGACUACAUGUUCUGCUUUGACAACUCCUUCAGUACUGUCUCAGAGAAGCUCAUCUUCUUUGAGUUGAUCAUGGACAACAUGGAUGCAGAUGAGGAUCCAGAUGACUGGAAGGAGUAUGUCCACGGAACAGACAUGUUGGACAUGAAGCUAGAAGACAUCAUGGACACCAUCAACAAUGUGAAGGCUCGGCUGGGCAAAAGUGUGAAGAUCCAGACGGUGCUGCGAGCAUUCGAGGCUCGCGACAGGAACCUCCAGGAGAGUAACUUUGACAGGGUGAACUUUUGGUCGGUGUUCAAUCUCAUUGUUAUGCUGUUGGUAUCAACAGUUCAGGUCUACCUAGUCCGCUCGCUGUUUGAUGAUAAAAGGAAGAUUCGUACAUAACAU